AUGGGAACUCCGAGGAAUGUCAUAAAGAAGGAACGAUAUAUUUUGUCCGUGGACGUGGGCUCGACUGUCAUCAGGUGUCACGUGUACGACAAGAAGGCAGAAAUACGUGGCUCGUCCUGUGAACAGGUUGUCCCGUUACAUCCAGAGGAAGGGCAUGUGGAACUUGACCCAGACGCACUGUGGAAAAGCUUCAUCUCGGUGGUCAAGGGGGCUGUCAAAGAUGCAGCGGUCCAAAUGCAUCAAAUGGAGGCUCUGGGCAUCUCCACUCAGCGGGCCACCUUCACGACGUGGGACAGGAGAAGUGGCAUUCCUUUCCAUAACUUCAUCAGUUGGCAGGACCAGAGGGCGGCAGCCCUGGUAGCGUCCUGGAACAGAUCGUGCACCUUGAAACUUAUCCACGGCCUGAUGAAAGUGCUCCACUUUGUGACUAGGCAGAAGCGAUCUCUCGCAGCCAGUCUGAUCGUCUUCUCCACUCAACAUGUCACCUUCCGCCUCGUUUGGGCCCUCAAACACUACAAACGGGUCGCUCAAGCUGUUUCAGAUGGAAACUGCUGCUUUGGAACCAUCGACACCUGGCUCCUCUUCAAACUGACCAACGGUCUGGUUCAUGCCACCGACUACUCCAACGCAAGUGCAACUGGGAUUUUCGACACUUAUCAGAUGUGUUGGAGUCAUAUGCUUUGCUCUCUGGUCUCCCUGCCGCUCUCCAUUUUCCCCCGAGUAGAAAAUACAGGCCACAAAUUCGGUUCCACCGACCCGUCCAUCUUCGGAAUAGCUGUCCCCAUCAUGUCCGUGAUGGCGGACCAACAGGCCGCCAUGUUUGGAGAGUGCUGCUACGAUGUGGGCGAUGUGAAAAUCACCAUGGGAACGGGUACAUUCAUGGACAUCAACACCGGUAGCGCACCUCACACGUCGGUAAACGGUCUCUAUCCGCUAGUGGGCUGGAAGAUCGGGUCGGAGGUGGUGUACCUGGCAGAGGGAAACGCGGCAGAUACUGGCACCGCCAUCAAAUGGGCUCAGGCACUGGAUCUCUUCUCUGACGUGGAGCACACCAGCACGAUGGCGUACAGCGUGAGCGACUCAAACGGCGUCUGUUUCGUUCCGUCUUUCAGUGGUCUGCAGGCUCCCCUGAACGACCCCAAGGCUUGCGCCUCCUUCAUGGGCCUGAAACCUUCCACCACGAAAUGUCACUUGGUGCGCGCCAUUCUGGAGUCGGUGGCCUUCCGAAACAAGCAGCUGUACGAGACCGUGCUGAGAGAAACCGACAUUCCCAUUACAAAGAUCAGGGUAGACGGCGGGGUUUCGUCCAACGACUUCAUCACGCAGCUUACUGCGGACCUGUUUGGUAGAAAGAUUGAAAGGUGCCGCCACCGGGAAAUGUCUUGUCUGGGGGCGGCCUUUGUAGCCGGGCUCGGUACGGGCUACUGGCGAUCCUGCGAGGAGCUGAAGAAGCUGCGCGGCGCCGACGCCCUCUUUUGCCCUAAAGGAGCGCCCGGCGACCGUUCGGCUUCCGACCACGCGCGCCAUCUAGAAAGAUGGGAGAGAGCUCUCCGACGCUCCAUGUAUUGGUACAAGCAACCCUGA